AUGGAGUUUAACGCUGCUGGAGAUUGCCUCUCCGCGCACCCCAUCGAUCGCUGUCCUCUCGAGAUCUUCACCGCCAUCAUCCAACACAUCGUCGGCCCUGCUUCUCAAACCGACGAUAGUAGCGAUUACUCGACCGAGUGGCUUCCUCUGCUUCUCGUAUGUCGGUGGUGGCGGGAUGCUAUCGUCAGCACGAAGUCAUUCUGGAGCACAAUCCACGUCCACGGAGAAAACGGCGACAAUUGGCUGAAGCUGUGCCUCGAACGUGCUCAAGGUGCUGCCAUCGAUAUCAAUAUCGACGUAGAAAAUAUCCCUCACUUGGAACUCACCUCGGUGCUCCACCACGCCCCCAAUAUACAGUCGUUGACAUUCCACUCUCUGCUGAAAAAACACCUACCGGAACUGAACACGUUUCUUGCCUCCGGCGCAUUUCCUCGCUUGACGAAAAUUUCCGCACGGAAAGGUUGGGAUCCGGCACCGGGAAUGGCCCCGAUAGUCGUGCCGCUUGUUCUGAAUGAGACAAACAUCCCGCGCCUGAAGACACUGCACUUGUACGAUCUGGCAUACGUCGCGAAGCCCUCGCUCUUCGAACGCCUGGAGCAACUUUCUCUUCGACCUUCCUUUUCAGAGGACGACUCCAUGGAAUUCAUGGAAGCUCUGCCCGCCAUGAAGCGACUCAAGUCCCUUCGUCUCGAAUACCUAGACGCUGAAGAAGUCUUCGCCCGGGUUUCCCCGAAUCCUUUCACUCUGUCGUCGCUCACCCAUCUCGAGAUCCCGAGCAACACCUUCGAUCUCACCAUAUUCUUAUCCUACUUGCAUAUUCCCAGCGCGACCCACGUAAAGUUCGAUUACCACACCGAAGGCAGGGUCGACAUCCAGGGCCACGAGGAGCACACUGGCCGACGCGCAGGCAUCGCAGACGUCCUUCCCCACCCCCGCACCAACGUGCUCCCGUUCCUGCCGCUGCUUUCAGACAUUGCCUUCACCAUCGAUCGCGGGUACUGCCGGUUUACAGCGAGCAGCCCAGGCCAGCAACAUUCGGUAGACAUUCAGUACGACACCGAGACCACCGGCAUCUUCCACGAGAUGUUGUGCAUCGAGCCGGAGUUCCAGCUCCGCGACCUCAUGGACGUCUCGCGCGACUGCCCCACCGCGACGCGCCUCGACAUCUCCGCCGAGCGCCUCGACAUCACCACCGCCGUCUGGCGCACGCUUCUCGGCCAGUUCCCACUCCUCACGGAGCUUUGCUUCGAGGGGCACGGCUCGCUCGCGUCGCUGUGGGCCGCUCUCGAUCCGAAUUUCAACGGCGCUCCCGACGAUCGCACGGCGGCUCUGUGUCCCGCCCUGCGCACCAUCGCCCUCCGCGACUGCAGCGUCCUGUGUAGCCCGUGGGAGGCGGAAGCCCAUCGCGGGUACACGGCCGUGCCACGACCUCGGUUGGAUCUCUCCAUCGACGCGCUCAGGGCCAUGCUGUGCGCGCGAGCGGAGCGCAGUGUCCCUAUCGUCGGGUUUUCGUACGUCGCGGCGCCGCGGAUGGAGGAGCUGGAGGAGUUCCGGACGGUGUGGCGGGGAGAGCACGCAGCCGCGCUUGCGGAUCACGUCGCGGACGUGUCGAUCAAGACGAUGUACAAGGAGGUGGACGGGGAAGACGCGAAGGCUUCAUGGAGGUCGACUUACGGUUCUGUACGACUGGUCCACACUUGA